CCUCUGUGUACAAACAGUGCUCGCAUCAAGAUUCCAUGUGCGAUAUUGUUUGUUGAUUGCCUCCACGGUGCACCAAGUCGUUGAAGAGGACGUCACGUUACCUGGUCGAGCCUGAUUGGCAAGCGCCUACAUACGUCACAAGAUGUUUGCUCUUUGUGGUUAUUGUUCCUAUAUAGUGGCGGGAGUCCUCUCGCCAGCCUCCUACUCAGACAUCUUCAGUAGUGACACCUUCACUCCGCCUUGAUCUGCUCUUUCGUAAGGCGACGCAGCGGAUAUUCUUAUCGCGCAGCCCCCAGCAUCUCAUCUGAAGCGCGUCGACUGCCUCCAGCCGCCGCGCAUAGUACCGACCACAACCGCCUACGCCUGAAAGAUCGACUGUCCCCAGAAAUCCACAAUGGCGAGGGGCGGCAAAAGCACACGACGGAAGCCGAAUGAAAAGCUUGGCGAUAGCUGGGACGAUACUCACUAUUCCACUGAUGGCGGCGUCUCCACUGCAAACCACAGUGAAAUCGAGCUGGAGCCAUCCGACACCGAGCUUGCAAAAGAACAAAAGUCCAAGUUCCCGGCUUCCGCGCAUGACCAAAGCCCUCUACCCCACUCCCUUCUCAAGGGCUCUGCAGCUACAAGCUCGAGAUCGGAUGACGCCGAGCGCACUCCACGUCCGCCAAAGCCGGCUCAGCCCACGACACAAACAGAAGGGCCCAGCUUCAUCAUGCCAAAGUUGGAAAGCUCCCUACAUUCUUCGAGUGACUCACCGUCACGGAGAUCGCAGGUUCGCACCAAAAAUACGCGGAACAAGACGCCGCACCUGCGGACCUCUGAUCGCUCUUCCACGUCUUAUUCUCCUUCCACCUCGGGAAGUCAACCAUCACCCGCACCGGUAGCGCAGCACCGACGCCUCUAUAUUUCAGAUUAUAUUGGUCACGUCUACAAAAGCUUCGUUUCUCCGGUAGCUCAUUACGUCCUUGGUGUAUUCGGUCACGCCAUGGGCAAUCUUCAGCCCUUUUUUGGAUUCGUACUGGCCGUUCUAGUACUUAUUUUUAGCAUUCAAUGGGCUGUCGGUAACUUCAGAUCAGGAAUGACAGCCGUUUUGUCGCCGAUCUGUCUCAUCCCCGGUUCAUCCUACGUUGUGCCAUUCUGCAUAACAGGGGCCCGAGAUGACCCGCGAGUCGAUUUUGAAGGACUAGUGAACGCGCAAUCCGGGCUGGAGGAUAUUCUGGGGGCAGCGAAAGAUACUUCGACCCUCCCAUCCACUAUCAAGGACUCUGAAAUCGCCAUUCGCGACCUGCGCACCCUUGUCCGCCAUUCUCGUCUCCCCUCGCGACACCAGCUCGAUCUGGAAUUCGAGAACUUUGUCCUCACAGCCAGUGAAGCCUCUAUAGAUCUCUCGCGGUUCAACUCCCGCAUUGGAGCAACCGUGGAUCGCAUCAUCGCAACAAACACUUGGACGAGGGCUGUCUUGUCAGGCAUCUCCGAGCAAGAAGGUUCUUACGGUGCACUCGAUCGCGUCUAUGGUGUUCUGACCAGUCCUUUCGUUGCUCCGCCACCAACGCUCCAAGAGCGUAUCUUCGAGCAAUACUCACUCCAUGUCAGCAAAAACACGGAGGAGAUCGGCAGGCUCAUCGAUACCGCGGUCGCUCUGCUCUCUGUGCUGCAGAAUCUGGACGAACGAUUGGACACCAUCUACCAAAUCGCGACGGGCGAUGACGCAACAAUCACCAAGAACCAGGAGGAGCUCCUGGCGCAACUCUGGACUAAACUUGGUGGCAAUAAUUCCAAAGUCAAGGCCAACAACAAACACCUCCAUUUGCUGAAGAACAUCUCGGCAUAUCGGAAACAAGCGCUCAAUCACGUGUCGGGCACGCUUCUGAAGCUCAGGGGAAUCCAAGCCGAACUGGAGAAUCUACGAGAGGGCGUUGCGGCGCCCGAGGUUCUGGGUUGGAGAGACGGACUACCCAUCACGUACCAUCUGGAUUUGAUUGACAGAGGCGUUGAACGUCUGAGAACGGCGAGGGGGGAGAGUAUGAGAGUCGAGGGAGAGACGUACAGGAACUUGAUCCGCGGUGGAGAGGAGAAGGGGCGGAAAGAGCUGCCUGCACCGAUCGUGACUGCGAGGGCGAAGUAAGCAUGACGGGUGUUGGGCUCAAGACAGGUUUUGAAUACUGCGCUCAGGUUGAAUUACUCAUGGCUUUAGAACGUAUGUGGAUACCCCAAGUUUCCUUGCAAUGCGAUGUAAUUACAUGACAUCUCUCCAGACAGAUUGUAAAACACUGCCUUCAGGUUGGAUCGCUUACGAGUUUGAAAUGUGCGUAGAUAGCCCGAGUUUUCCUGCAAUGCAACAUGGUUACAUGACGUUGCAAAUUCAACACAUUUGCACCUCAAGCAAGCACCUCCUUACACCACCCGUCUCCAAGCCUUCAAAGUCCGUCUCAUAUGCGACGGCCCCACGAU